AUGCUAAGAGAAUUCGAGAGCCGCUUUCAGAAGCAAGCAACCAGAACUGUAGCCUCUUCAGUUAAAACACGUAUGCAGAAACUUGCAGAGCAACGGCGCCAUUGGGAAAACACUGAUAUGACAGAUGAUAAACCUGAAAGCUCUCUCUUCUCCUCAAUGCCAUCAGAAGAAAAGGCUGCCUCCCCUCCCAAACCGCCCCAUUCAGAUGCCUUGGCAACUCCAGUUGGGAGAAGGGGCCGGCUGGCCAACCUUGCUGCAACUAUUUGCUCUUGGGAAGAUGAUGUAAAUCACUCAUCUGCAAAGCAAAACAGUGGACAAGAACAGCCUGGUACCACUUGUUUAUCCAAAUUUUCCUCUGCAAGUGGAGCAUCUGCUAGGAUCAAUAGCAGCAGUGUUAAGCAGGAAGCUACAUGCUGUUCCCAAAGGGAUGGUGAUGCCUCUUUGAAUAAAGCCCCAUCCUCAAGGGCUGUGGAUGCAUCUUUGAGUAAUGCCUGCAUUUCCAGCUCUGUGAGCACUACUUCUUCCCCACUUAAAUCCUCUGCUACAACCAUCACUGAUGCUAAAAAACGUGAAGUACAAAAUCCUGAGCUACUUCAAAAAAAUCCUGCUAGUCCUUUGAAAACAGAGGUAUCAAAGUCAGUUGUGGAGCCAACUGCAUCCCAAACAGUUCAAUCUAAAGAAGAACAAAAUAGAGAAAUUUGUCUACAAUCUCAUUCUAAAGACAAAUCUGCAACACCAGGAGGAGCAGGAAUAAAGCAUUUUCUGGAACGCUUUGGGGAGCGUUGUCAAGAACACAGCAAAGACAGUCCAGCUCGUAGCACACCCAAUAAAACCCCAAUUAUCACUCCAAAUACAAAGGCCAUCCGAGAAAGAUUAUUCAAGCAAAACACUUCUUCAUCUACAACUCAUUUAGAACAACAGCUCAAGCAGGAACGUGAGAAAGAACUAGCAUGUCUUCGUGGCCGAUUUGACAAGGGCAAUUUAUGGAAUGCAGAAAACUCAAGAAGCAAACAAGAAACCAAAAAGGAAAUUCACUGUCAGAACACUCCCCUCAAAAAAUCUCAAGUUGUUUCAGAGACUCUGUCACUUCCUAUAACAGAAAAGGUGACAGAAAAUCAGACACCAGCAGAAAUUUCCAGCCUAGGACCUGAAGGUUCAACUGAAUGUGAAAUGAUGAAGUCUAGCCCUUUGAAAAUAACACUGUUUUUAGAAGAAGACAAGUCCUUAAAAGUAACAUUAGACCCAAAGAUUGACCAGCAGACUGAAGUGGUACGUGAAAUUGAGAUGAGUGUGGAUGACGAUGAUGAUAUCAAUAGUUCAAAAGUUAUUAAUGACAUCUUCAGUGAUGUCUUAGAGGAAGGUGAACUAGGUGUGGAAAAGAGUCAAGAAGGGAUGGAUCAAGUAGAAGCAGAAACCAGCGAGGAACAGGAAGAUGCACUGAAUAUCUCCUCAAUGUCUCUGCUUACACCGUUAGCACAGACAGUUGGGGUAGUCAGUCCAGAGGGUUUAGUUUUCUUACCUAGAUUAGAACUGAAAGAUGCCAGCAUAAGUGAUGAAAGUCCAAAGCCAGGAAAAUUCCAAAGAACCCGUGUCCCUCGGGCAGAGUCUCGUGACAGCAUUGAUUCUGAAGAUCGUGAUCUUCUUUAUAGCAUUGAUGCAUAUAGAUCUCAAAGAUUCAAAGAAACAGAACGUCCUUCAAUAAAGCAGGUGAUUGUUCGGAAGGAGGAUAUUACUUCAAAAUUAGAUGAAAAAAGGAAUGCCUUUCCUGGUCAAGUUAAUAUCAAACAGAAAAUGCAGGACCUCAAUAAUGAAAUAAAUUUGCAGCAGACAGUGAUUUAUCAAGCUAGCCAGGCUCUUAACUGUUGUGUUGAUGGAGAGCAUGGAAAAGGAUCACUAGAAGAAGCUGAGGCAGAAAGACUUCUUCUGAUUGCAACUGAGAAGAGAACGCUUUUGAUUGAUGAAUUGAAUAAAUUGAAGAGUGAAGGACCUCAGAGAAAGAAUAAGACUAGUCCCGUAUCCCAAAGCGAAUUCAUCCCAUCCAAAGGAUCAGUUACUUUGUCAGAAAUUCGCUUGCCUCUGAAAGCAGAUUUUGUCUGCAGUACAGCUCAGAAACCAGAUGCAGCAAAUUACUAUUACUUAAUUAUACUUAAAGCAGGAGCUGAAAAUAUGGUGGCCACACCAUUAGCAAGUACUUCGAACUCUCUUAAUGGAGAUGCCCUGACAUUCACGACUAUAUUUACUCUGCAAGAUGUGUCCAAUGACUUUGAAAUUAAUAUUGAAGUUUACAGCUUGGUACAAAAGAAAGAUCCCUUAGGCCUUGAGAAGAAGAAAAAAACAUCCAAGUCCAAGGCUAUUACUCCAAAGCGACUCCUCACAUCUAUAACCACAAAAAGCAGUGUUCAUUCUUCAGUUAUGGCUAGCCCAGGUGGUCUCAAUGCUGUGCGCACCAGCAACUUUGUCCUUGUUGGCUCUCACACGCUAUCAUUAUCUUCAGUAGGAAACACAAAGUUUGCUCUGGACAAGGUACCCUUUUUAUCUCCUUUGGAAGGUCAUAUUUAUUUAAAAAUAAAGUGUCAAGUAAAUUCAAGUGUUGAAGAAAGAGGUUUUCUAACCAUAUUUGAAGAUGUUAGUGGUUUUGGUGCCUGGCAUCGACGAUGGUGUAUUCUUUCUGGAAACUGUAUCUCUUAUUGGACAUAUCCAGAUGAUGAGAAACGAAAGAAUCCAAUAGGAAGGAUAAAUUUGGCCAAUUGUACCAGUCAUCAGAUAGAACCAGCCAGCAGAGAAUUUUGUGCAAGACGCAACACUUUUGAAUUAAUUACCGUCCGACCACAAAGAGAAGAUGACCGAGAGACUCUUGUUAGUCAAUGUAGAGAUACACUCUGUGUCACCAAGAACUGGCUGGCUGCUGAUACUAAAGAAGAGCGGGAUCUCUGGAUGCAAAAACUCAAUCAAGUUCUUAUUGAUAUUCGCCUCUGGCAACCUGAUGCUUGCUACAAACCUAUUGGAAAGCCUUAAACUGUGGGACAUUUCCUUCUGCCAUACCUUGUAGAGAUUUUUUGAGCUGUGUCAUGCAUGUAUCUUAAGAAAACACUUAAGAACAUCCGAUUUGCUGAUUACAUCCUAUGCUUUAAAUGUGGAAGGACAUGUGCCAAUAUUCACUACAUAUUAUGCAGUAUUUAUAUCUUUUCUAUGUAAAUCUUCACCCUUUUCUGUCAUUCAUAAAUGAUUACAAGUAGAUUCAUUAUAGUUGAUUUUGCUAAAUCUUAAUUUAAAAGCCUCACUUUCCUAGAAAUGUAAUUGGUUAUUCAUGACAAAUUUUUUUUUUGUUUUUUAAAUAAGAAAUUUUGAGUUGUCUUCUUGGUACUGUGUGGAUCCUGAAGUGGAGAGAUCUACCAGGAGUUGGAGACAGAAACUUCAGACUUCUGUGAUCACUUCUGUAACCUCAGUACUUUUUUUUUUUUUCUGAAGGUUAUGAUCAUUUAUUGUUACUGGAGUACAGAAAAAAAUUUCUAAGUGACUUUAUGCAAACAUUUUUAGUAAUGGAGGUAAGAAUUUUUUCAAAUAGCAAAUGUAUACUAAAGUUUAAAGCUUGAAGUUGCCUUCCAAAAUGAGAUGUCCAUAUAGGGGAUAUUGUGAGCUUUGAAGUUAAGUAUUUUAUGGAAAAAAGUUAAUAAAUAAUCACAUGGUUUACAUUUACGCAGUUACUAUGCAUGCAGCGUGAUGCACAUUUUCAUAGAAUCCAGGCUUUUUAAAGUAACUCUUUUUGCUACAUAGCUUACAGACUCCUCAAAUAUACUUGGCGUAUUGGUUCUUUCUGCUCUUGUAACAAGAAAAAUGUAAAUUGAAGAGUCUAUAUAU